UCUAGAAAAUUAAUUUUAAACUAAAGAGGAAGUGCAUUUUAUUUUGAUAAAUAUAAACCGGAAGUAUUCACCGACGGUUAGCAACGAUGCAGCAAAGAGAGGAGAAGCAGCUGGAGGCAUCUGUAGAGUCUCUCACCUCUCGAGUGUCUCACGUCAAAAGCGCUCUACACAGUUUUAUCUAUAAGUUGGAAAAUGAAUAUGAACGAUUGACCUGGCCAUCAGUGCUGGACAACUUUGCUCUACUGUCAGGUCAACUCAACACCAUUAAUAAGCUACUCAAGAAUGAAAAGAUGCCAUCAUUUCGCAACCAGGUCAUAAUACCACUACUGCUUUCUCCAGACAGAGACGAUGAACUAGCUAAACUCACAGAGCAGCGCGUCUCAGUGUUCAGCCAUGAAAUUGUACCAGACUAUUUGCGGACCAAACCUGAUCCAGAGGUGGAGGAGCAAGAGAAGCAGCUAAGCACUGAGGCAGCACGCAUCGGCCCAGAACUGGCACAGAAACAAAUUCAGGCUUUGAAUAAACUGUGUUCCAAUUUACUGGAGAAGCUUAACAAUCCUCGUGAUGACAGAGACACAGAAAGUGCAGCCUUACGACAGAACAAACAAUCAUUCAACCCAGCUGAUACAAACGCUUUAGUCAGUGCAGUUGCAUUUGGAAAAGGUCUUUCUAAGUGCAGACCACCUGGCCCCGUGGCCCCUGGACAUCCAGGACAGGUCACCAUGAAUACAGGUACCACUGCUCAAGCAGCAAUGGGGGGAGGUGUGGUUCCUCAGCAGCAAGGGCAGCCAGGCAAAAUACCAAGCACCAUCAAGACAAACAUAAAAUCUGCGUCAGCAUCAAUGCACCCUUACAAUCGAUGAGCUCUGUUGGCAAAGUAGUACAUUUGUUUACAGAAUAAAUCUCAUUUGUUGUUGUUUGUUUUUUCUUCACCAUUAUGUUUUUUUUAAAUCAGUCAAUGUGUGAAUAAACUUAUGUCAAUGUA